UUCCUCCUCUCUCUCCUCCUUCCUUCCUUCCCUCUCUCUCUCUCUCUCUCCCCCCCCUUCCUCCCUCCUCCACCUCUUCCAAAAUAAUCCCAAGAUCAACUCUUGUGGCAAACAACAGAAAGACGGUUCAUGGCGCAAGCGGCGGUGCCACCAUCUUUCCAGGCGCUGCGAUCAUUAUUGCUCGUAUUAUUGCUGAUUAAUCAACAGGACUUAAUCUGAACCAAAAUUUCCUCCCUGGAAUUUGAUUCGGUGCCAGAUUACAAUCUUGGAAAUAUUUAUCACGGAGAGUUACUAUGUGCAGAUCAGCUCUCAGAAUGUCUUCUGUGUCUGCUGUGUAUCUUCUAAGCCAGUUGUGUUAGCCUUCCAGCUAAUUGACUAAUAGAAUUAAUAACAGUAAAAACAAAACACAACAAAAAGCAUUGUAGAGCCACAUGCCUUAUGAAGUCAAUGCUGGGUAUGAUUUUACAAAUAUGGUCCGGAAAAAGAAUCCCCCUCUAAGAAACGUUGUUAGAGAAGGAGAAACAGAGACCCUUCAGUCGCCAGGUACAGAAAGUGACAAUACUGAAAGAAAAGAAGAAUUUUCUGCCGGUCAGAUGCAAGACAACACUGAGUUGGGUGAGGCUGUGGAGCAAAAUGACGAGGACUUUUGCACGCAUGUCCCAGAGCCAUCUCUCAGCUCUAAAAAGGACUUGAAAAGCUCUACGACGAGUGAAAAGUCUGGCUUCAAUUAUGAAAGCCACAAUAAGGGAGGAAAUGUUCCAUCCUUCCCUCAUGAUGAGAUGACAGACAGAAAUAUGCCGGCCUUCUCAUCUCCAGCUGUUGGGGGAAUCUCUGAGUCCUUGAAGUCUCCUCUCAGAUCAGAUGCAGAUGACACCCAGGAUGUAGCCUGCAACCUGUCAGUAGAUCUGACGGAGAAAAGCGAAGAGACUCGCACGUCACCAAAAUCUAUGGAUGAAACGAUGCACGUGCAAAGUGGUCAAGCUGAGGGCCGGGGUUCAAGCCCAGCCUCAUUGGCCUCAAAAAACCCACAAGUGCCUUCAGAUGGGGACUUAAGGCCAAUCAAAUUGAAAGCAGAUUUGUCGGCAAGUGAGAACCCAGAUACGGCGCCUCUGUCUCCAGAGCUUCAGGACUUCAAAUGCAACAUCUGUGGCUAUGGUUACUAUGGGAACGACCCCACAGAUCUUAUAAAACACUUCCGCAAGUACCACCUCGGGCUGCACAACCGCACCAGGCAGGAUGCUGAGCUCGACACUAAAAUUUUGGCUCUCCACAAUAUGGUGCAGUUCAGCCAUUCCAAAGACUUCCAGAAAGUCAACUGUUCUGUGCUAUCAGGGGUUUUGCAGGACAUCAGUUCCCAAAGGCCUGUUUUGCUAAACGGGACUUACGAUGUGCAGGUAACCUUAGGUGGGACCUUUAUUGGCAUUGGACGCAAAACUCCAGAUUGCCAAGGGAACACCAAAUAUUUCCGCUGCAAGUUCUGCAAUUUCACCUACAUGGGCAAUUCUUCAACGGAGUUGGAACAACACUUCUUGCAGACCCAUCCGAACAAAAUCAAGGCCUCCCUUCCUGUCUCUGAAGGUAGCAAAACCACAGACAGAAACUCGAACAAGUCCAGUCCUACUGUUCGAUCGGGUGAGAUGGGAGAUUUGGUGAAAUGGCAGGACAAGAUCACCAUCAGAUGUGGAGAUGACACUCCAGUUGGCUAUUCGGUGCCCAUCAAGCCUCUUGAAUCCUCAAGACAAAACGGUACGGAUGCCUCCAGUUACUACUGGUGCAAAUUCUGCAGCUUUAGUUGUGAAUCCUCCAGCUCUCUCAAACUGUUAGAACAUUACAGCAAGCACCAUGGGGGGAGCCAGGCAGGGGGCCCUCACCCAGAUCGAAAUGACAAGCUCUCAAGGGGGUCAGUCAUUAAUCACAAUGACAUAACCAAAAAUGCAGACGGAGAGUUAGCGACAAAGAGCGAGAAGGGCUCUAGCGUGGCCAAAAAGAAAGACUUUUCCAGCUCAGGAGUGGAGGACCACGUGGUGACAAGCUACAAUUGUCAGUUUUGUGAUUUUAGGUACUCAAAGAGCCAUGGCCCAAAUGUAAUAGUGGUGGGGCCUCUUCUUCGUCAUUAUCAGCAGCUACACAACAUUCAUAAAUGUACUAUUAAACACUGUCAGUUUUGUCCCCGAGGCCUCUGUAGUCCAGAAAAGCACCUUGGAGAAAUUACUUAUCCUUUUGCUUGCAGGAAAAGUAAUUGUUCCCAUUGUGCUCUCUUGCUCUUGCACUUGUCCCCUGGGAUGCCAGGAGGCACCAGAGUCAAGCAUCAGUGUCACCAGUGCUCUUUCUCCACCCCUGAUGUAGACGUUCUCCUGCUUCACUAUGAAACCACACACGAAGCCCAGGUGUCUGAAGUCAAGCAAGAAGCAAAUGCCCUGCAAGGGGGGGAUGGACCACUGACUGUCAAAGAAAGCAAAGAACACUCGUGUACCAAAUGUGACUUUGUCACUCAGGUAGAGGAGGAGAUUUCUCGACACUACAGGAGAGUCCAUAAUUGUUAUAAAUGCCGUCAGUGCAAUUUUACAGCGCUUGAUACACAAUCCUUACUGGAACACUUCAAUACUGUGCACUGUCAAGAAAUGGACAUCACCACAGCCAAUGGGGAAGAUAGCCAUGGGAUGGCGGCUGCUCUCAAGGAAGAAUCCAAAAUUGAUCUGAAGGUUUAUAACCUGAUCAGUUCAGAUCCAAAAAUGGGGGAGCCCAUCUUGGAGAGUGUAGUGAAGAAGGAAAAGAUGGAGGAAAAAGAAGGAUCGAAGGAGAAAGGUUGGCCUGAUGGGUCUAGUGAUGAUCUUCGUGGUACAACUUGGAGAGGAGUGGACAUUUUGAGAGGAAGCCCAUCCUAUACCCAAACAAGCUUGGGCCUUCUGACCACAGUGUCUGUUGUUCAAGAGCAGCCAAAGGCUUUGAGAGAUAGUCCAAAUGUAGAAGCUGCUCAUCUCGCAAGGCCUGUUUAUAGUUUGCCUGUUGAGACCAAGGGAUUCCUGCAUGGCAUGCCCCAAGGAAGCGGAGAAAAAUCUGGACCACUUUCUCAGCCGUAUCCUGGAUCUGCUGAUAACAAGUCAAAGGAUGAAUCUCAAUCCCUUUUACGGAGGCGUAGAGGCUCGGGUGUUUUUUGUGCCAAUUGCCUGACCACAAAGACCUCACUCUGGCGAAAGAACGCAAAUGGAGGAUAUGUCUGCAAUGCGUGUGGUCUCUACCAGAAGCUUCAUUCGACUCCCAGGCCUUUAAACAUCAUUAAGCAGAACAACGGUGAGCAGAUCAUUAGGAGACGGACAAGAAAACGCCUUAACCCAGAGGCACUUCAGGCUGAGCAGCUAAACAAACAACAGAGAGGGAACAGCGAGGAACAAGUCAACGGCAGCCCAUUAGAUAGGAGGUCAGAGGAUCAUUUAACCGAAGGUCAUCAGAGAGAAAUCCAGCUUCCCAGCCUAAGUAAAUAUGAAGCCCAGGGUUCAUUGACUAAAAGCCAUUCCGCUCCUCAGUCAAUACUGGUCGGGCAAUCUCUGGAUAUUCAUAAAAGGAUGCAACCUUUGCACAUUCAGAUAAAAAGUCCUCAGGAAAGUUCUGGAGACCCAGGCAAUAGUUCCUCUAUAUCAGAAGGAAAAGGAAGCUCAGAGAGAGGCAGCCCAAUAGAGAAAUACAUGAGACCUGCUAAACACUUAAACUAUUCACCACCCGGAAGCCCUAUCGAAAAGUACCAGUACCCACUUUUCGGACUUCCGUUUGUACACAAUGAGUUUCAAAGUGAAGCUGAUUGGCUGAGAUUCUGGAGUAAAUAUAAGCUGUCCGUUCCUGGGAAUCCACACUACUUGAGUCAUGUGCCUGGCCUACCAAAUCCUUGCCAAAACUAUGUGCCUUAUCCCACCUUUAAUCUGCCUCCUCAUUUUUCAGCUGUUGGAUCUGACAAUGACAUUCCUCUAGAUUUGGCGAUAAAACAUUCCAGACCUGGGGCGACUGCAAAUGGUGCCUCUAAAGAGAAAGCUAAGACAGCAUCAAAUGUAAAAAAUGAAGGUUCCUUGAAUGUAGUUAAAACCGAGAAAGUUGACCGAAGUACUCAAGAUGAUCUAUCAACCAAGUGUGUGCACUGUGGCAUUGUCUUUCUGGAUGAAGUGAUGUAUGCCUUGCAUAUGAGUUGCCAUGGUGACAGUGGACCUUUUCAAUGCAGCAUAUGCCAAUAUUUUUGCACGGACAAGUAUGACUUCACCACUCACAUCCAGAGGGGCCUACAUAAGAACAAUGCACAAGCGGAAACGAAUGGCAAACCGAAAGAGUAAAAAUAAAAUAAAAUAAAAUAAUAAAUAAAAAAAACCUUAGCACUUAGCACAAUUAAACAGAAAUAGGUUUCCUUGAUGGGAAUUCAAUAGCUUGUAAUGUCUUAAGCACUUCAUAUAGCAAGCAUGCCUUAUCCAAUAUACAAUCUUUUCUUCUUCCCUCCUUUUGCUUCAUACGAGCAAACUAAAAGUUCUUAAGAAAGACAAUUAUUAAAAAAAAAAAAGGAUGGCAGCUGGAAUGGGGGAGGGGUAAAGGAAUCAAUCACUUGGGACCCAUCCUGCAAAAAAAAAAAUUAUAAAUAAGAAAGAAAAAAAAUCUAUACAAAAGACACUAUAUCAGGGAAGGUCUCUUUGCAAAACUUAACCAGGCAAAAUAAUGCUUUUGUUCUUGUACGAGAAACAUAGCUGGCUAGAAUGCAAAGAUGUAUAAUGCUGAAGCAGGUGUACAGUACACAUAUGCACAUUGUAUAGUGAAAUGGACUUGUUAAAUAAACUGAUGCCCAGAAAUCUAGUAGUAUUUUUUUUCUCCAUUUGGGUUCACUUUGGCCUUAUUAGAACAUCCUCCUGCCACAGCAUUUCUACAAUCUGGAAGGCAAUAGGGCUUUUUGUUUGUUUGUUUGUUUGUUUGGUAUGGUUUUAUUCUGUUUUGUUUUCCAGUUGUCUCUUGUACUAAGCCAGUGGGUAGCUGUUGUUGGAUCCCCUACGACAGAGCCCUUCAAUCGUUUUUUUUUUUGAGGUCUAGCGCAGCAGGAGCACUGCUUAUGCAAUAGGUUGAAGACCAGGAGCAUUCAUUUUCAGCCACAGCUGUUCCUUCCCUUUCACUCUGAAAUCAAGUAAAUAACGAAAUUCUCAGGAAAGAUGGAAGUAAAAUUAUGGGAGUCUCAGAACAUGAUCUUUUAUGCCAAGAAGACCUUCUUUCCAGGCUGCUUCUUAAGUUUUAAAGGUGGCGAGAAAGCCCUUCAUAAGAGAAAUUCACUGAAAUUCAGCUCACAAGUAGAUCUGGGGAUUGCAAACUACGUCUCAGGAGAUUGUGGAUGUAAGAUGCUUUUGGCCAAAAUAUAGGGAAAGUACUCUGUUUUCUGAUCUCUCUCUUAUACGAAAGCUACUUUAUGGACUUGACAUUCAUAGUAUUAAUGCUUGACUAACUGUUCUUUCAAUUUUGCUUCAGGUAGAGUGUGAAACCGAUUUUUCCCAGAAAUCCUUAGAUUGUUUAUAUGCAGUGGUCAGUUGCUUCACCAGACUUUACUCCGGCUUUUGGUAGUAUUUGCCUUCAUGGCCAAUCUUAUUUCUAAUAUUUUUGAGAGCAAGAUAAUAAUGACGAUGAUAAUAAUAAUAAUAAUAAUAUUAAUAAUAAACCUUUUGUAAAAUUAUUCCAUGAAGGGAAAGCUCCUCAGCAUAACUGCUCAGGGAAAUAGGGCUAAAUAAUUAAAUAUUCAGUCAUUGGUUCAAGGUGCUGUUAGACAAACCUUCACAAAUGUUGCAAGAAUCUAACAAAGGGUGGACUUCAAAUCAAUUUCGUUAUCUUGGCCCAGGCAGUCCUCUUGUUGUUGUUGUUGUUGUUGUUCUUAUUUUCUUAAAGGGAUAUUACAAGAGAUAUUACAAGCUACUGGAUGUACUGUCAGAUUAACUUAUUUCAUUUAAGAAGUUGGGAGAACAAAUAGGAAAAAAAACUUAUUUUUCUAGUAAAUAUUAAUGUAUUACAUUUCAAAUAAUGGUGCCUGACAUAUUGAAUAAUUAUUUUCUACAGUGUACGUAUGCAACAAAGAUAUUCCAUCAUGCAUAAGAUUCAGCGCUGGCUCAGCCUCGCUCUGUUUACAUUUGCAAAUGUAGCAAACAAGGUAAUGAAGCAACUUUCUAUUGCAGUAGGUAUCUUUGAUUUGUGCGCGUGUGUGUGUGCAUUAAAAUUGUAAACGGUAACACGAAAUGAAUGGACUUUGUUGAUAAUAAUGAUAUUUUGGGGGGGGGAGAAGAAGAAGAAGACAAGACGGCGAAGACGAAGAAGGAAAUGAAAAUAUUUUUAUGCCUACUUAGGAGGAAGAAAAAGAGUAGCACUAUUCAUUCCAAGUACUUUUUGUAUUCUUAAGAUCUUAACUCACAUUGUUAUGCUUAAAAUGAUAAACAUAUAUCCUCUUUUUAUUGCUUUGUCUAUGUUUCAGCUGAAACAUUUCAGAGAUUAUGUCAAGAGGUGCCAUCUGACUGCUUGGCACACAAGUUUUUAAUUGCAUUCUGUACUAGCAUUGCACUCCAUUUUUACCAUAUUACACCGUCGCUACAUGUUUUCUUGUUUUGUUGCGCUGGGGCUUUAUUUUUAUUUUAUUUUAUUUUUUUUGCAUUGCACGGUCUUAGUCUCUUACGGUUGUGGAGUAUAAUUGGUUCCUAAAUGUCAUUGCGAAUGAAGAUCAAAAUGUCUGAUAUUCCAUUCUUCUUUCCCACCUUUCUCUUUAUUUUUUAUUUUAUUUGAAUUUUUUCUAGGGAUUUCCAGGCUCGGUCUCCAAGAUAGGAACUUAUGCGGAAGGUCCUUUUUCUGAGUCCAUUUACAGGCUAUUAUUCCCAAUUAAAACUACCCUUAAAAUGAUUUAGACCCAUAAUUUCCUAAUCUAGAAAAGGAGCAUUUAAAUGUAUAGGGCAAGAUAAAAUGGAGAGAAGUCACCCCAGUUUAGAGUUUCAAGACUAGAAUGUUAAGAAGAAUUAAAACUAGCAUUUAUUCGCUAGGGGCUCAAUUUGUAGAAAGUAAAUGGGGCCUUGUUUAACUCGUAUCUCAAUUUAACUUCUCAUUAAGCCACCUAAAUGCAAAAUCUAAGGGUGUAGUUUUAAAUGUACGUACUAAGGAAUAAAAGCUUCACUGAACACAGUGACAUAAAUUCCUGCAUAGGAUUGUACCGUGUGUGACCAUUAUAAAGGGUAAAUUACUGGGAUCCAUCUGGUUCCUUCUGAAAUUCAACACAGCUUUUGGAAAACAAAAAUAGGGCAUUCACAACAUACCACUACCAACUGGUACCAUCCAUAGUUUGCAAAACAUAGAUGGCAAUUUGACCUACCAUGAAUUGCAAACCCCAUGAUGAUAGCAAUUACCCAUGGCUAUGCCUCUAAAAUUUGUAUUGAAAGCAAACAGCAGGAAACCUCAGUCUGCCUGAGUGACAGUCCUAUAGCUGGUUUCCAAAGAUCUGGCUGACCUUGGCAGUUUUUUAGACCCUACAUAGGGAACCUGUGAUGAAAGUAAUUCCUCCACUUAAUUAAAGUGAGUCUAUUAUUUGAUACCAAGGCUAAGGAUCUUCUCUUGUACCCUUUCUUCAACUAUAACUGUGUAUCUGGGAUUAUUAGUCCACUAAAAGGCCACAAGACAGAUAAUGCGUUGCAUUUCAAGGAAUAGCAAUGUUCCUUAUAUUCACAGUCAAGAAAGAAUGGCCUUCCACAUUCUUUCUGAAAAUCAUCUACUUUAGGACCUUGAAGUAUAUAUCAUUUUUCUUCUCCAAUAUUUAUGGCAGUGGCAGGAUUUGAAAUACACUCCUUUUUUUUUUUAUUUUUUACAAUUUGCUCUUGUUUCAUUAACAAUAGAAAUUGUAUUAGGUGGUGAGCCAAAAAUUAAAAUGCCCCAAAUUAAUCUGAAUCACGAUUUCCCUUUUUAAAAAAAAAAAAAAAAAAAAGGCAAUUACUUAAAGAUAAAGAUAUAUUUGAAUGCAUAAUAGGAAAUGAAAUAAGCAUUUUAAGGCUUUUUUUUAAAAGGCUAUAAAAUAUGCAUUCCAUUCAAGGAAAUUAGAUAAUACAUAACUGCAGUCCGCUCAGGACAUUUCAUUAAGAAGGGUGAGAGCUUGCUGAUGGUGGCCCACUGCAGUAUGCCCCCUUCAGGUUUUUCAUUGAAUAUUCAAUUGUCAUUUAAAAUGUUCUCAAAUUUAUUUUUAUGACCAUGAAAGGAAUACAUGCUAUUAGUAUUCUAACUGUAAAAAAAAAAAAACCAAUGCAUUCCACAUUGUAUUUUUCCUAGUGAAAUAUUGCAAAGGCACUGACAGAAUUGAAAUUCCAUUUCAGCUAAAUUAAAAAAAAAAUACUUAACCUAAUUAAGUAGCAUACUUGGGCUAUCUCUAGCUAUACUUAUAUUUUGGCUGUCCUAGGAUGAUCUCUUCCAGCUAUAGAUUUAAUUUUCCACCCAUGGAAUUGCUCCUCAAAGAGAAGCUGUUUUAAAGCGAAAAUCUUGGGGAGCUGAAUAGAAUCUAAGAUCUUUUAUGUUCCUUAUCUUAACAGUGGACCACUAAUGCUGGAUGCAGACUAAGGCAGUUGGAAAUGCUGCUACCAUCUAAAAAGAUCCAGAUGCUUUUGCACAAAAAAAUAGAUUUGUUAUUGUAGAUGGAACAAUGUCUGUUGUAAUGCAUAACCUUUGUCCUUUUUUUUAAAUUAAAAUAUUAAAUAGCCUGAUCCAACUUGUCUAAACUGAUAGAUUUUUUUGGUGGGGAUGAAUGGGGGCUUAGAUAUUCUACACACCAACACUUUCUUUUUUUACCCAUGUUCCCUCCAAUAUAUUAUGUAGAGUUAUGUUGCAUAUUUUAGAAAAGUUUUGUUUCACAGUACUGGAAAAAAAAUGCUAUAGACAUAUUUCUUUACAUUAGCUAACCUAUUCUCAUGCUUUAUGCAAAUUGGUUUUCCCUUCCUUUUCUUCUCAUUACAUCCUCUGUGUUGUAUUAAAAGUGUUCUAGGAAGUCCUUGAAUCUUGCAAAGUAAGGCCAAGAAGCAUUGGAUGGAAGCUCGUCAAAGAGAAAUCCAACCUGGAAUAAGGAGAAAUUUCCUUGAAUAUUACAGAUUAACAGAGUUGGAAGGGACUUUGUAGGUCAUCUAGUCCAACUCCCCUCUCAAGCAGGAGACCCUACACCAUUUCUGACAAAUGUCAGUCCAAUCGUUUCUUGAAAGUCUCCAGUGAUGAAGCUCCCACAACUUCCGAAGGCAAGCUGUUUCAUUGGUUGAUUGUUCUCACUGUCAGAAAGUUCCUUCUCAUUUCUAGGUUGAAUCUCUCUUUGUUCAGUUUCCAUCCAUUAAUACUUGUCUGGCCUUGGAAAAUAGCUUAACCCCUUCCUCUCAGUGGCAGCCUCUCAAAUAUUGGAAAACUGCUAUCAUCUCUCCCCUGGUCCUUCUCUCACUAGACUAGCCAUGCCCAGUUCCUGUAACCAUUCUUCAUAUGUUUUAGUCUCCAGUCCCCUAACCAUCCUGCUUUCUCCUGAAAGGGAAAAAGGUCAAUCAAUGGAACAGCUUGCUUCCCAGAGUUGUGGGUGCCCCAUCACUGGAGGUUUUCAAGAAAGAAAAGAUUGGACAACCAAUAGUAUAAGUUCUCCUACCUUAGGGAGUGGGUUGGACUAGAAGGUUCUUUCCGAUCCUAUGAUUCUAUCAUGGGUAUCAUAGCUAAGUUUGAUUUCUAUCUCUUUGAACUUAAUUAUGCCUAAGUAGGGUCUCAUUGUCAAAAAAGUAGUUUAAUAAUGGAUGGCAAUGACAGAAGCAUCCUAUUCAUUGAAAAUGGUAUAGAUCUUUGCUUUAGAAGAUCUAUAAGACAUCCAAAAGAAUAAGCUGGAUUGCCACUCCUGUAUCUUUUAUGAAACUGAGCUCUAUGGACAAUAGCACUUAGACUUAUAGACCACUUCAUAGUGCUUUUACAGCCCUCUCUAAGCAGUUUAACAAAGUCAGCAUAUUUGGGUCCUCAUUUUACCAACCUCAGAAAGAAGGAAGUCUGAGUUAACCUUGAAUCAAUAGUUAUGAUAUGGACCUCUUGCCCAGUUUUAUGCUCAGUUUUCUAUUGCCAUUAAGGUCUAUAAUUGAGAGACCAGGAGUGACAAUCCACAUUAGACAAAUUAUAGAUCAUAGAAUAGUUUGAAAAUAUAUAAAGGACAAAAAAAGGUUCAACACUACAUUUUGUAUAUUUGAUCUUGGUCAUUACGAUUCCAACUAGCUGGUUCAGUUUACCAAAUAUUGCAUGUUUAACAUCUGAAUAAAAAUGCAAACUAAAAGCUUAAAGUGGAAAUAUUUUCCCCAAUAGCUACCCAAUUAAUGGAAAAUCUUUUUUUUCCCCUUCACAAAGACCCAUUUUCUUGUCUAAACAGUUGAAUGACAACAGCUGUCACUUUGUCAGCCAAAAAUUAAAAUAAAUAUUUGGACUAAUAAGAUGUUUGAUGAGCUCUAAGUAUGCAGUGAAAGAUAUUCCAAGGACUUGAUAGGUAUUGGAGGGAACAACUGAGCCCAAUAUGAUUCUUACUCAUACAGACACACAAACACACCUGAAGAGACAGAAGACAGAGAGAGAGAUAAUGCAGUAUAAGUGCAGUGCCAACUAAACAAAUCUCAUUCCCAUACACACACACACACCCUUUAUCCCCCAAGAGGUUGUUUUAUCUGGAUUUCAUACACCUGAUUAUAUCCAGUUUUAAUUAUUGAUAUGCCAAAGAUUUUGGAUAUUUGCUUAUUUCCUAUCAAUGGGGCAUAUCUUGCCCAGUUUGAAAAGGAUUUAUUCUUUCAAUUUUUCCAUGAAAUGAAGAGUCAAUCUUCAGUGCAGUUUCCAUUCUGAUUUAUAGGAUGUAGACUUUCGAACAGGUUCUUUCAUGAAGCUGGUGCCAUCUAGAGCAGGGGUCUCCAACCACAACUAACUUGUGGACUUCAACUCCCAGAAUUCCUCAGCCAGAAAAGUUAGCUGGGAGUUGAAUAGAAUAGAAUAGAAUUUUUAUUGGCCAAGUGUGAUUGGACACACAUGGAAUUUGUCUUGGUGCAUACGCUCUCAGUGUACAUAAAAGAAAAGAUAUCUUCAACAAGGUACAAUGAUAGUCAUACUUAAUGAUAGUCAUAGGGUACAAAUUUAACACUUAAUGACAUAACAUUAAUGAUAGUCAUAGGCUACAAAUAAGCAAUCAGGAAACUAUAUCAGUAUAAAUCGUAAGAAUACAAGCAACAAAGUUACAGAAGUCCAGAAGUCUUAAAAUUGCCAAGGUUGGAGACCCCUGCUCUAGAUGAGUUAGAACUAAAGCUCUCAGAAACAUCAUUCAAGGUUGGAAAAGUCUUCCUUUGCUUACAAAGGAUAUUUUCUUUCCCUAGAAGAUCACGUUGAUAUGCAGGAUUCUAAAUACACCAUAUUGAAAUAUUGUAUCCAUAUUUUUUUCCUCUAACAACUAAAAGGAUUGUAUGCAAGAUAAUUUAAUAACCACUUUCAAGGAGAUAACUAGAGUAAUAAAUACCAUAGAGAAGGGGCAAAGCCUAUCUGGCUGAGAUGAAUUACCUAAAAAUCAGAAGCAGCGAGCCCAAACUAAACCUAUCUAUGCUUAAAUGCCAAAUUGUCAAGAAAACAUUGUGUUCUCAGCUACCGCAACCCAUUGUUACAGCCUGGUGGCCUCAUCUCUCCAAAAAUGCCAGAGAUUACAAUGAUACGGUACUUCGAACAGAAAACCCAAGUUGCAAACUUCUCCAUAGCGCUAAUUGAAAUGAUACACAAAGAUACACCAUUUGACUGUAUGAGCCUCAUUAAAUUGAAUGGAAACUGAGCUAGGAUGAACUAGCAGGCUUUCAGUAGAUUGUGUCCCGUGGCAUAAAUACUCCAUAAAUACUCCAUCCUUCUCUCCUUAUUCUACUCUGGUAUCUAAAAUCCUCUGCCCCCGCUAGAUUCAUGGUAUGAAUGCUUCUCUCCUUUUCUAAGUAUAUUCUGAUUUGCUGGAGUAAGCCCAUCUCAGAAUAUUGCUGGUUUUAAUGUAAUACGGUAGCAAUAUUCAAUAAUGGAAGUUUCAAAUAUUUUCAAGGAUAUUUUUUUUAAUGUAGGACUGAAUCUAAAAUGCUCAUCACUGCUCUAGCCUAUAAAAUAGAACAGUAUUUUGCUUUCGUUUGUAUUUUCUGUUUCUGCUUCCUUCCCUCCCUCCCUUUCUCCCUAUUCCCUCUCUCCCUCCUAGCCAGUCUUCAUAUUGCAUGUUCAUUUCUAUUCACAACCGUGUUCCUGGUGUAUUUCUUAUGCAAACAAUUCUUCAGGCAGAAAAAGAUGUCUGUUACAUCUAAACUUGAAUAAUAAAGUUUUACCACCAGUUAUAAAAAAAAA